AAUGUUUGCCGUACCAGGCAAGGAAAGUACCGUGCCCAUAGCUCCACAUUGUGCCUUACCUACCCCCGUCGAUCGACUCGUUUAUUCACUUACUCGUCAAACCUCAAUAGGUCACCCUCACUAUGCGGAUUUUAAUAUUAUUAUUGGGAUUGACACAAAUCGUUACUAGUCUAAAUAUUCUCGUGUUUUUGUUGGGAACCAAUCAGUUUGAAAGGAACAUUUUUGAAUUUCUUGCACAACAACUUGCUCUACGUCACCAUAAUGUAAUUUCAAUCAAGCCAGUACUAAUCCCAGAGGAGCCUCGCCUAGUCAAGCCGAAGUUGCACCUUGUCCGUGAGAAAGUUAUCAAGAAUGUUUUGAACAAGGACUUGUUCAAGCCAUUAGAAGAUGCUGUGCCAAAUGCUGCGUGGAGAUCUACCUAUGAUUUCGAUAACUACUUGGAGCCAUAUUAUAAAGCUCACAAUGCCAGUUGCUACAAACUUUUGAAUUCCAAUCUUGUUGAUUCGCUGAAAAAAGAAUCUUUGGAUCUGGCAAUUGUGUACUCUGGAAACCCAUGCCUAAACGCACUAACUCAUCUUGUAGCGGUUCCUACAAUAUAUUUCGAUACGGAAGGAUUGACGGACGAAACAUUGAUUGCCGCUGGAGCCCCAAUAGACUUGCUCACUCCGCCAUCGCACUGUUUUAUCGCCGAGUCAAAAGGAUAUCCAAUUCUUAAUUUGUACAAAAACUCAGUGUGCUACUUCCAAGAAAUGAUUGCUCAACUUGGACUUCCAGCCGUAUCAUCUCUUGUUUCUUCACGUCAUCGUCUUCUUGAUGAACCCAUUACGAAUAUAUUCAGAACGGAUUAUACUAUUAAAAAGAGGUUCAAAAACUUCCCGAAUGUCAAUACCUUGAAACAACAAAGUGCCGCUUAUUUUGUGAACACCGAUCCACUCCUCGAGCCGCCACGUGCUCUUCCAUUAAAUGUGAUUCCUGUUGGAGGACUCCAUAUCGAUCACCCCAAGCCUCUGUUCUCGCCAUGGAACACUACCAUUGCAUCAGCAAAAGAAGGAUUGAUUAUUGUGUCGUUUGGAACUCAAGCAGAUAGCAGCAAAAUGAGCGAAUACCACGCCAAAGCAAUUUUGAAAGCUCUUACAAACUUGAAUGACUAUAGAAUCUAUUGGCGCAUCGGUCCAAACAUGCAUCUCGAUGGAAUUGAUAUAGAAAAGAUUCCAAAGCAUAUCAACUUGACGACUUUCAUUCCACAAAAUGAUCUUCUUGCCCACAAAUCCUGCAAACUUUUUGUAACGAAUGGUGGAAUGUCAUCUGUCAUGGAAGCUGUUGCUCAUGGAGUUCCAAUUGUUGGAGUACCAUUAUACGGAUCUAAUAGAUACAAUUUACAAAAGGUUUCAAACAAGGGUCUUGGUAUUGUCAUUGAUAAAGACGAUCUUAAUGAAAUUUCACUGUAUGGAGCAAUGAAAAAGGUUUUAGAGUCUGCAAAAUACAAGAACACUGCAAAGGAAAUGUCAAAAGAAUUCAAAUCCCGAACCACUAGCCCAUUUGCUGCUGCACUUCAUGUUAUUGAUCACAUUGGACGUCAUCAUUCAUUUGCAUACAUGCAACCUGCCUUUCAGCCAAUUUACACACGUGUCGACUUUUAUCUCCUUUUGCUCAUCAUUCUUCUUCCAGUCAUACCUCUUCAUCUGUUCUUCACAUUUUGUAUCAAAUCAUCAGCAAUGAAUGUGCAAGAUAACAAAGUCCUAGAGGCGGAAAGGAAGUUUCUCCCGAAAAAAGUUCCGGAAACUAAGAAAAAUGCGUGAUUCGUUUAUAAAUGGCUGGCGUAUUCUGAUUUGUAUUCUCAGAAAAAAUUACGAGUGUUGUCUAAUUGAAUUGUUGUUUGAGUUUUUGGUUUUUUCUUUCGCUCUGAAUUUUUGUUCAGCACUAAAAUAAAUAAAUUUGAAUUUGAAU